AUGGCCCCAGGUCCGGCGAAGCAAACGACCUUGCUGGGCUUUUUCAGCAAGGCGCCCAAGCCAGCGACAGCGCCGUCGGCCGCCGCAGAAGGACCGCCACCGCCCGCAGUCGCUACGCCCCCGCCUACCACGUCGAAACGACGACACGACACGCCAGCGGCAGCACAGCCAUCGUCCUCGCCAACACCGGCGCCGCGGACAGAUCGGCCGGCCAAAGUCGCUCGCACAAAUACCAAGCCGUCUCCGUCGUCAUCGUCCAUGACCCCGCCUCCGUCGAGCAACCCCGAUGUGAGCCGCCAAGACUCACCAAAUGCGGCUGCCACGUCGUCGCCCGCCGCAUCGCAUAUGUCAUCGCCCGUAGCCGGUCGUCGACGUGCAGCGCGACGCGUAAACUAUGCUGAACCCAAAGCGCAGUCUGACGACGAGGACGACGAGGACGACGAGGACGAGUCAGGAAGCGACCAAGACCGCGACGAGUUUGUGCUGUCCGAUGCCUCUGAAUCCGAGAGUAGCGAAGAUGAAGGCAGUGUCGUCGAGAGUGAGGAGCCUUCAGAGGCCUCCGAGCCUGACGACGAUGUGAUCGAGGAUGUAAAGCCUGUACGACGGCGUGCAUCGCCGCGGCCGCCGUCGCCCGCAAGAGUAGCCACGCCUUCUCCUGCGACACAGAGCAUUAGCAUCCCACGCAGUCGUACGCAUCUAACGAAGGCAGAGCGACGUGUAGAAGAUGAAAAACGGAAGCGCAUGGAAAACGAGCAGGCAUACAGUUUCCUGCUGGACGUGCGUGAUAAGGAUAUGAAUCGGCCAGGCGACUUGAACUACGACAAACGCACACUGUAUAUCCCCCCUACCGCCUGGAAAACGUUCACGCCCUUUGAGAAGCAGUUUUGGGAGAUCAAGCAGAACCACUGGGACACGGUCCUGUUCUUCCAAAAAGGCAAGUUUUACGAACUGUACGAAGAAGAUGCCUUGAUUGGACACCGCGAAUGCGACUUAAAACUGACGGACCGUGUGAAGAUGAAGAUGGUCGGUGUGCCGGAAGCCUCGUUCGAUAUGUUUGCGACCAAGCUGCUGGCGCUCGGGUACAAAGUCGGGCGUGUGGACCAAUGCGAAACGGCUGUGGCCAAAGGCAUGCGUGUAGGCGAAAAGUCGCGUGGCGGUGGCUCGGAAAUUGUGCGUCGUGAGCUGCGGCAUGUCGUGACCAGUGGCACAAUUGUCGAUGGCCACGUCUUAGCCGACGAUCUCAACAGCUACUGUGUCAGUGUGAAGGAGGAAACAACGUCCCACGGCACUUCGCGCUUUGGUGUGUGUACGCUGGACGCAGCCACAGCCGAGUUCCGGUAUAUGACGUUUGAAGACGAUGCGAUUCUCACGCAGCUGGAGACGCUUCUUCGCUCGCUGCGUAUCAAGGAGAUUCUCCUGGAGAAGGGCUGCUUGGCCACCACGACGCUGCGCCUGAUCAAGAACACCAUCUCGUCCACCUGCCAACUGACGCUGCUCAAGCCUGGCACAGAGUUUCUCGACGAGGACGACACCAGAGCGCGUCUGCACACGCUGCUAGGCACGAUCCCUGACAACCUUGCCCAGCUCGUCGACGCGGGUGGUCCUGCACUUUGUGCGCUGGGCGGCUUGUUGUGGUACUUGGAGCAGCUGCAUCUCGACAAAGACCUGUGUGCGAGCCAGAACUUUGCCGAGAGGGCAGCGCCGGCGCAGAGCUCCAGCACGUUGAUUCUGGAUGCCAAGUCGCUAAUGCACUUGCAUGUGUUGCAAAACGAUGAAGGCACCGACGAAGGCACCUUGCUGCGCCUGCUCAAUCGAUGUACUACGCCCUUUGGACGGCGCCUGUUCAAGCUAUGGCUCUCUGCGCCGCUCUGCGAUGUCGACGCCAUUCAGCAACGUUUGGAUGCGGUCGACUAUGCGAUGGAGCACCCGGAGCUACCAGAGAUUUUUGAACGGUUCGCCAAGACGUUGCCGGAUCUGGAGCGUAUGCAAUCGCGCAUCGCUGCCGGAAAGUGUCGGCCCCGUGACUUUUUGCUGGUGCUGCGAGCCUUUGAGCGAUUCCAAGGAGCCAAAGACGAGCUGCAAGCCUUGCUCGCUUCGACGUCCUGCGUGUCGACAUUGCUGGAACAGCUCAUGGAUACAUGGCCGCCCGUCGCUGAGCUCGCCUCGUCGCUGCGUGGCCACUUUGUGACGAGCGACGAUGGAUCAUUCAUACCUGUGCAGGGCGAGUCGGAGACGUUCGAUACUGCUGUGGAAGGCGUGCAUGCGGCCGAAGCGCGCUUGGAGAAGGAACUGGAAGCAUGUACCAAAGAGCUGGGCUUGAGCCGCCGCGAGGUGAACUGGAAGCAUAUCGGUACGAACGAAAUCUACCAGUUGGAAGUGCCCGCACGUACGAAGGUGCCUGCCAAUUGGAUAGUCAUGAGCCAGACCAAGGCAGCCAAGCGGUACUAUACGCCUCGCACCAAAGACCUGAUCCGUGAGCUGAAAGAGGCGCGGGAGCGGCGCCUCGCCGCGCUCAAGCGGUUCCAGGACUAUGUGUAUGCGCGCUUCCGUGACGACGUGCCGCUGUAUACGCGUGCGAUUCGUACGGUAGCGCAUAUCGAUGCAUUGCUGAGCCUUGCGAAGAGCUCCAUGGCUCUCGGCGCGCCUGCGUGCCGCCCCGAGAUGAUCGAGCAUACCACGGCGUUCUUCGAGUUUACGCAGCUUCGGCAUCCCUGCAUGGGUCCCAGUGUGCUCACCGGCGCCACGGAAUUCAUCCCGAACGAUGUGGCGCUGGGACGCGAUGCGGAAGACGUGAUGGUGCUGACAGGCGGCAACAUGGCUGGUAAGAGUACCACCGCCCGCACCGCUGCUACCGCGCUGAUUCUGGCACAGGUCGGCUGCUAUGUCCCUGCCGCGGCCGCACGUAUAUCGCCCAUUGACCGCAUUGCCUCGCGCAUGGGCGCGAACGACCAGCUGUUCCGGAACCAGUCGACGUUCAUGGUCGAGAUGCUGGAGGCCUCCAAGAUCCUUCGUGAAGCUACGCCACGCUCGCUCAUGAUCAUGGACGAGCUGGGCCGAGGCACCUCGACGUUUGACGGCCAAGCGAUUGCGUAUGCUGUGCUGCAUGAGCUGGCUGCCAAGACGCCGGGCCUGUGCUUCUUUAUGACGCACUACACGACCAUGGCCGAGAGUUUGGAGGGCUACCCGCGCCUAGCGAAUCGGCACAUGGAGGUGCGGGUGGACGACGAGCAGCGCCAUGUCGUGUUCACCUAUCGUUUGGUGCCCGGGAUUGCCGCGUCCUCAUACGGUACGCAAGUCGCGCACAUUGCGGGUGUGCCGGAGGCGAUCUGUACCAAGGCGGCGGAGGUGUCCCAAGCCUUUUGGAACGAGGCACAGCAUAUGCACGCGCAGCGGUCUCAUGGGCCCUUGCCCCUCGCGACACUGGCCGAUUUUGCUCGCCUCAUAGCCAUCGGGCGUGGGCAGGCCACCGUCAGUGCCGCGGGGCUCGCAGUGUUGGCGCACGCGUUACAGCGCCCCUAA